UAUGUAAAUCCGGCACGAUUCCGAUUACUUUGGCGGAGGGGUAAAAUCCGGCGAUGCUAUUCUAAAUCCCAGCCAUAAAAACUUUAUAAAAUGUGGAAAUAAUGCGAGAUAAAAAAAAUAAAUUGUUUACUAUUUUUGUUGCAAAGUAUUAUUCCAUCACUAAAAGUCGAUAAUUUGACUUUGAACCGAUAAAGCAAAGCGAAAACUAAAUGAAAAUAUCAAUGAUUGUCACAGUUUUGGAUAUUUGGCACUUUUAAAAUAACAUUUAUGGCGGAAAAAUUACCGGCUACACAACAGUCUAAACCUUUCCCAGGAUCACUUACUCCGGGUUGGAAUGAUCCACCCUUUUUGAAUAACGUAACUCAACCACCUGGACGUACUCGAUUGAAUCUCAAUAAGAGAGUAGCAUUUCCAGUGAAUACCACAUCUAGUUCCAUAUUAGUGGAUAAAACUAUAGUGUCGACAAGUUUGGGGCAAGGAAAAACAUCCGAGGUAGGCUUCUAUCCACAUCCUCCAACAGGAACACCAACGGUAAAAAUGCAAAGAUUUAAUGAAACAAAUACUGAAAAACUUCCAGAUGAUACGGAUAGCGUUAAUAAACAUCAUGACAAGAAUUACCAAUAAAAAAUAUCCACCUUUUACUGUAGAAACGCAUAA